UAUAUUAUAAAAGUGCGAAAGGAAAUCUCCUCUAAGGAAGUUGACAAUUGUUUAAAAACAUGGCAGCCUCCACCAACAAACGAUUAGUGAGGUUGUGCAGAGGAAGUAGAUGACAAAGUUCUUCACUCCGCUUUUAUUCCUUUCGGUGAGAUAAUAGACAUCCAGAUGCCUUUGGAUUAUGAAACAGAAAAACAUAGAGGGUUUGGUUUUGUUGAGUUUGAGUCUGCAGAGGACGCUGCUCAUGCUAUAGAUAAUAUGAAUGAGUCCGAACUGUUUGGUCGCACUAUUCGAGUCAAUUUGGCCAAACCAAUGAAGUUAAAAGAAGGAGCUUCUAGAGCAGUCUGGUCUGAUGAUACGUGGCUCCAAAAACACGCUGGUGCUACACUUACAGACAAAGAAGGAGACGAUGCAGUUACAGAAUCUUCAGAAACAGACAGGGGAGAAAAAAGAGCUGGUGAUGAAACAGAAACUUCUCCUGCUCCCCCCAAAAAACAAAAAGGCUCUGAAAAUCCACAAGUUUUUAUGGACAUCAAAGUUGGCAGCAAAGAUGUUGGGAGGAUAGUUAUAGAACUGAGGUCUGAUGUUGUUCCUAAAACAGCAGAAAACUUCCUGCGUUUGUGUACACAUGAGAAGGGAUUUGGAUAUAAGGGCAGCUCAUUCCAUAGAGUCAUCCCACAAUUUAUGUGUCAAGGUGGUGAUUUCACUAAUCAUAAUGGUACUGGUGGCAAAAGUAUAUAUGGUCACAAAUUUGAUGAUGAAAAUUUUAUUCUCAAACACACUGGACCUGGUGUCUUGUCAAUGGCAAAUUCUGGUCCCAAUACAAAUGGAUCUCAGUUUUUUUUAACAACAGAAAAAACUGAUUGGUUGGAUGGUAAACAUGUUGUAUUUGGAAAGGUUGUUGAAGGCAUGGAUGUGGUCAGGAAAAUGGAGGCUGUUGGAAGUAAAGGGGGAAAGCCUUCCCAGAAAGUAGUCAUCACAAACUGUGGAGAGUUGGUCUAGAGUCCAGUCUUGUUUCACGCUGUUGUCAUCUGUAUAUAAUCUCUCAUCAAUCGUCACCUUGGUUCUCAUUAAACUAUUUCUACCAAAA